GCAGGGAGCAGGCCGCGCCCGGGCCCAGCGUGGUCCUGCGGGAUCUCCAGCCCUGCCGAGCUCUGGUUUUGUGUGGAAAGUAAAUAAAUAAAUAGAAAUAAAAGGCAGAGUUUACUUCGGGAGAAUCUCUCCCUGCUGCGUGCCUCCUCAGGGUCGCACACACACACAGCCAGCCUGGGGAAAGGCGUAAGGUGAUGCUGCAGGUCUGUGGAGGGAGAGCGAGGUGCAAAGCGUGCAUUCAUGUGUAUUCAUACAGGUGUAUUCAUGACUCCAUACAAAUCGUUUUGAGGCCAAAGAAGAUGUCAACAUGGACGUCACAUGGCUCUGGAUGCCCACAGCUCACCCUAACCACUGUAAGCCACCACCGAUCUCAGGACCUUAAGGAGUAAGGGAAGGACAGUGAUAGGACAAGAGGGAUUGGCCUCACAUUGCGCAGGGAGGUUCAGGUUGAAUAUUAGGGAAAAUAUCUUCUCCGAAGAAGUGGUCAAGUGCUGGACUGGGCUCCACCACCCAGGGAGAUGGUGGAGUCACCAUCCCUGGAGGUAUUCAAGAAACAUUUAGAUGUGGGCCUGAGGGACGUGGUUUAGUGGGGAAACAGUAGUUGUAGGUGGAUUUUUGGACUAGAUCGUCUUAGAGGUCUUUUCCAGCCUUAACGAUUCUAUGAUUCUGUAAUGCUGGGAGAAGUUUAAAAAGCGUAUGUGCAGCUUUAGCUACACCAUUAUCCUUUCUUUUUGUAACUGAUUUGAAACAAUAGUGAUUAUACUCCCAAGAUACCAAUUAUACCAAAUGUAAGUCCUUUGCUUUACUUGACAUGAACAAGACUUUGUGCAUAACAGAGGCAGGGAGCAGCUUUGCGGGGGCAUUGGCUGGGUAAUGUGGCUUGUUUCCUUACAACACCACAUGAACACCAUAGGCUGUGACAAUCUGUGCAGAUGGAAAAAUCCCUUUGGCAAAAGUUGAUGAGGCCAGAACUGCUGGAGAUGUUUUGUGGGAUGCUUAGUGUUCCCAAGGACCUCAUAACUCUUCCCAUCAACCAAAAGACACUGCAAGCAGUAGUAUGCCACCCCACAAUGCCAAGCUUUAGCACUCACUCACUGUCCAUCUGAAAGGAGCAUCACUGAGUUUUGGUAUUUAUUUUUGCACUCAGUUUAGCACUAGUUUCCUUUAGUUGCUCAGGGGCAGAAUGGAAGUGAAGGGAGAUGGCAGGGCUCAUGAUGGGGCCAUGUUAGCAGCCCUGAGACAAAGAGCAGGGCAGAAAAGCAGAGGCCAGCCAAGGUCCUCUGGAAAUCCACAGUAAGUGGUAGGUCAGCCCUGAAGAGAGGCUGCUUUGCACUUUCCACAGCCCUCGUCAUGCUGCUAUCACAAACCCGCACUUUCACCUAAACCUCCUUGCUCCUUGUCUUGAGGCUAGAAACAUCAGCACAGUUCAGCUCAAAGAUAUUUUCACUGUUUGCUUGCUCUGAGAUUUGAUGCCUUUAUUCUCAAAUGUAGAAUUGUUGUCCUCAAAUCUUAAAAAUGCCAACACGCUCUGUCUUGUCAACUUGCAAAAUUGCCUGUGGCGAUGGUGUUGGAGCUUGAUGAUCUGUGAGGUCACUUCCAACCCAAGCCAUUCUAUGAUUCUAUGAAAAUAUGGGAGAAAAGUAAAUAAGAGGAAUAUAAAAUUCUCUUUACUUUCUCCACUAGAAAGGCACAGAAAGCCUGAUCGACUCUUGACCAUUUAAUAUGGAAAACAGCCAUUAAUCAAAGAGAAUGACACAAAGCUCAUUUCUGCCAGUAGAUACAAACCCCAAACACCAGCUCUCCCAUCACCCCUGAAGCAACCUCCACACACAGAAGGUGGAAGCCAAGCAAAUGCCUUUGCCCAGGACCCACCACCAGGACAGAUUUCCCUCCUUGCCUGCCCUGUUCACUUAUGAGUGAACAAUGUUUAAUGUUUUACUAACAUUGACACUGAGCUCCCAUCCGGUACCAUGCAGCAGCUCCAGCAGCUCAUUGCAGUAAGCAGUGAGCAUACAGCAGGGUGAGCUACCGCUGUGUGAGGCGUGCCGUCAUCCAUUUCUAUCUCAGAAGGAUAGCAUUUCAGGCUAGAGCAAAACUUACAGGCAUGGUGCUCCAGAAAGAGGCUAAAUUAAAUUUAAAGCUCAUUACUCAAGCUUACAAACUAUACUAAUCCCCUUUGCAGGUACGCAUUCAGCUACUUCUGGUCACAACAGCACAGUUCUCCUGAACAUGCUCUCCAUUACUCUUCUGGAGAACGUGGGCCUCCCUGAGCGCAGGCUUUGCCUUGCACACAGUGAGGUCAGCAGAAGCAGGAAAAUGCACACAGCACCCCCACCUGCCCUGAGCAGGGCAACCAGAAGCAAUCUUAAAAACUGCAAAACUGGUGCUAACGCUGCUGCCUGCUGGAAGGGGAAGCAGGGCCGUGGUCUCCAGUUCUGUGCCAUCCUCCUGUGUGACCCUGCCGCUUGGCUGUCCUUCAGCUGAACAGCCAGCCCAAGGUCAGAGAUGCAAACAUUAAAUACCAGCAGGGGAAAGCAAACAUUGGGCCCCGUUCAUGAAGCUCUGAGUACAUGAAGUACCUUGCUGCUCUCUGAAUGCAGUGUAUGUGCAUGCCCACAUGCCCAUGGCCUUGCAACCAAAGGCCAAAAGGCUGCAGGAUGUGGGCAGAAUAAAGAGACCAGAGCUGGCUGCAGGGCCAGCACUGGAUGAGGAAAAUGGGUAUGGAUUGAAUCCUAAUGGACUACAACAAGCAGGUACUUAGACCAACAAGCCUCUCAUGGAGACACAGAGAGGUGUCCGCUUGUUGGUGACAAAUGUCCUGACAAAUGGUCCCAGCAGUGACUGGAAGCUCUUCAACAGAGCCUUUGGAAUAGUCAUAUCUCCAUCCUAUCUUAAUAAACCUCAUCAGACAGGCAGUGCAUAUCCCCAUUCACAUGCACAAAUUUUCUAUGAGGUUUCCUUACAUGUCACAGCUUCACACUGAUCUAUGCCACACAGCUGUGAUAGCUCUGAAUUCAGCUCUGUGGGCACCGGUGCUUCCCAACCCUGGCUUUUGGUGUUCUUUUACCUCCACCUGCAGAUGUCAGUGCCCUCUGCUCACAAUAUUCCAUAUCCAGCUUUUCAUCCAUUAAAUACGGCUGCACAAUUUGGUGGGCAAAUUAAUGUAUCAUUUAAUUAAUUAAGGUAAGGUCCUGUAUCAGCUCACUGGAGGCAGAUUUCACACAUUGCCUGGAAAAACCCUCCAAGGAAAAAUCUGUCUUUACAAAUCUUUCCAUUCCAAAAUUUCCCCUCAGCCUUUCACAGGAAGCACCAAAUUCUGAGUCAGUUUGGCUGAAGAGAGGUGGAAAAUCUCCAGGUUCCCACUGGGAUAUUUCUGAACUCAGGCAAGAGAAAAGGCAUGACCUUGGCUGGGCCUCCCUUGUCGCGGCCUUGGCUGCAUCUUGGCAAGAGGACAGGGGAUGAAGGUGACGUGGCUCUGCUUGGUCAGGAGCAUCCAUGACACGUAGCAACAGCCCCACUGAAGAUCUUACAGAUAUUUUGCCUGCUUUUUCUGACAUUUUCACUGACGAUUCCAAAUACUGAAGAGAGAAGCCAUGUUAAUUUAACCACCUGCUCUCAUAGGACUUUGAUGCUUUGUUUUUCCUACUCCUGAUUGCGUGUGUAAACACAUUUGUAAUCUAUUGUUCUUAAUAUAUUUAUGUAUUUAAUUUAUUUGUGUUAGAAUUAUGUUCUUGGCUCAUUAUAAAAUAAGGAUAUAAUUAACUUGCGGUAAUUUUAUUUAUGCUCUUAUAUUAAUGUGGUUAAUGUGUUUAUGUAAUUUGUAUUUCUGGAGCUUCCAGUCAGGGCAGAUUUCCAUCUGUAAUAUUUUUCCCCUUUAUUCUUGCCUUUUAUUGUAGAUACUGCUUUUUGUAGAUACUUUUGCAAAUUUUCAUUUGCAGUUUUCAAGGCCCGAGGCCCUUUCCUGCUAUUCACAUUUCUCAGCCUCUGUCAUGCUGUGCACUGCACCUGUGCUCCUUGGAUCCUGGGGUUCCCUAUGCAGCAACAGGUAUAGACAAAUGAGAUAUAAUAUGAGAGAACGUGACUACGUGACCACAUGAAAUCCUUGGCCUGGGGCUCAUGAAGUGUACUACCAGCUUCCCACACAGCAUAACACGAACUCCUGAAUGCAGGCAGGCUUGGCUUCGCCAUCUUUCUGUUCAUCCUCCUCUUUCCAUGGGGCAUACAAACUGGCAGAAUGUCUGUAAAUCUUAAUUUUGUUUCACUUAGCCUGGUUCCUAUUUUAUCAUCUGAAAACAGGUAAAAUCACCCCAAAUCGGUGGCUGCUACAAUAAAACAUCAAGCUGCCUGACCUGAGGCAGAAAAGCAAUAUAAAUCUGUAUUUCUUCUCAGAAAUUCAGCAUUAUUUAGCUGGCAGAAACCCCUGCCAUGUCACAGGGCUCAACUACAGCUGUCUCAAUGUCCAGAUAACCAAAAGCCUGCCAGUUAAUCUUGUCAGAUGUUCAGAUGUUCCCAUUUUGCCACCAUAACACAGACUGUGAAGCAGAUGAAUGGCAGGGCAUGCCAGUGUUUAAAAAAGGGGAUGAAAUCCCAUCUCUCUGUGCAGAGUUUUAUAGGUUGCAGUGGGAGUAUUGCAAUCAGUAUUUGCAGGUUAACUGGAAAGAAAGAAGGAAAGAAAGAGGAAGAGAGGAAGGGAGGAAGGGAAAAAACCUAAAGAAAAACCAGAGAGAAAACGUUCUCCUUCUCUUUAUCUGUUUUGAUAACCACUAUCACACUGAGCAUAUCACAAGCCCUAAGGCACUCUGCAAAGUGCGUAAUCCUGUCAAUCUCUUUGGGGCAGUUUACCUGGGAAGGGCAUUUGAUUGGAGUUGACUUUCCUUUGCCAGCCUCAGCACUGAGUGUUAUCAGCACUACCUAUAAAGCACUGCAUCUGCUGCGGGUCAGUAAUCAGUGUAGGGGCUUUUGUUGGUAUAGGCAGUGAUCUCCUUGACCUUCAGUGGAGGGGAAAGUAUAAAAACCAAAGCAGUUUGCUUGGGCAACUCUUUGAGCCCCCGUUGAAUUUCUUCAUUUCCGAGGAAGAAGCUUUUUGGGGGAAUUUUGUGGCAAAAUGGCAACUUUAAAUGAAAAGAAGACCUGCAGUGAACGGAUGGAAAAUUUCCGCCGUUUUGUCUGGAAUCCAGAAACGAAGCUGUUUAUGGGAAGGACCUUGAUUAACUGGGGUAUGUUUCUGUGCACAAGGGUCUCCUUUCUGACGCCCUUAGAAAUCUUGAAGGGAUGGGGGUUGCUCUGAUGAAUGGGAGGUAAUGGGAGGAUGGAAUUUUUUAUAACCUCAAUUCUCAGAUGUGCUCCUGAUCCUCUUACAAUAGCCCUCCUCUCUGAAUAGAGUCAAUUAGGUCGAAACAUUGAUCCAAGUAUCUCCUGCAAAUAAAAGCAUUUCUGGCCCAAAUAUUUGAUAAGGACAACACCGGACAUAUAGAAUCAUAGAAUGGUCUGGGUUGGAAGGAACCUUUAAGAUCAUCCAGUUCCAACUCCCCUGCUAUAGACAAGGACAGUGUUAUAGGCAAUAGAGAUGUUAACAUCUAAGCUAAGGGUUAUGGCUAUAACAUGAUGCUGACAUUGCUGUCUGUUAGGGCUUCUGCUGCAGGGGAAUUUGGCCUUGCUGCUGUGGUGGCAUUUUUCAGCCCUGCGGAUGCCAGGCUGAUGGGGCCAAGCAAUGGCAGCACUGUGAUGCAGACCUGCACUGAUGAUCUCUACUUUAGAGCCAGUUGGGGAAGUGUGGGAAAAUAUUUUCUGUCCAGUCCUCUGGAACAACGUUUUGCUUUUCUGAAUUUCCUUUUUAAAUUACUGCAUGUUGAAUAAAUCUUUUUUACCGUUGAACUAAUGCCUGUUUCAGCUGGAGCUCCCUGCUUGUAGCCAAGCUUGUGUCUGCCACAACAAUGUGUUUGAUGAUCUGAUUAUCUGUGUUCUGGGAACUGCAGCUCGAAACAUUUUAGAGAGAGUCUCUGCACUUCCUGCAAGUCGUUAACUGUAGCUGCAAGCUUCCAAAAGGUUUUCUUCUGAUGGGAAACGUGUAACUGUAGCCUAUUAGCCAUUCCUAUGAACAAAAAGCAAACCUAAUCUUUCCUGAUUGUGUAUACAUUCUGCACAUAUGCACCAAAACCAGUGUUAUUCUGAACCUCACCCCAUAACGAAACAGCAAGAUGGUGCAUUUUGCUGGAGGUGAGAUAUGGGUCUAAAACAAGCAUACCCAGAACACUGAGCUCCAUGGCACAAGCAAUACAAGCAGCAGCUUGCUUUUGUCAAUGAAAUCUAUUGGGUCUUUUGCUCAGCCCGUGUGUAACAAGCAGCUGAAUGGCCUUAAUGUGGGAAGCUGCUCUGUGAAGCCACACAAUCCUUCAAGCUUUAAACAACCUAAGUGCCAGCAACGCCCAGGCUUGUUCCCUUCUUGCUGACAUGAUGCCAUUGGCUGCAGUGUUCACGCAGCACGAACCCAAAGACCCUUCCCCUCCUCUUCCCCCAGUGUGGAUCAGCCUGUACUACCUGGCCUUCUACGUGGUGAUGUCCGGGAUCUUUGCCCUCUCCAUAUACUCCCUAAUGAGGACGGUGAAUCCCUACGAGCCAGAUUACCAAGACCAGCUCAAGUCCCCAGGUGUAACGUUACGACCAGACGUGUAUGGACACAGAGGGCUACAAAUCUACUACAACGCAUCUGACAACAAGACCUGGGAGGGGCUGGUGACAAUGCUCCAGACGUUUCUGACAGAAUAUAGCCCAGCUGCUCAGCAUCUGAACAUCAACUGCACAAGCAACACAUACUUCAUCCAGAACACCUUUGAUGGUCCAAAUAACACAAAACUGUCCUGCAAGUUCACAUCAGAUAUGCUUCAAAACUGCUCUGGCAUCAUAGAUCCUACUUUUGGAUUUCCAGAAGGAAAACCUUGCUUUAUUGUAAAGAUGAACAGGAUUAUCAAAUUUUAUCCUGGCAACGGCACCGCACCGAGAGUGGACUGCACCUACGUAGGUGACGAGUCCCGCCCACUGGAGGUAGAAUACUACCCGGUGAAUGGCACCUUCAACCUGCACUACUUCCCCUACUAUGGAAAGAAGGCACAGCCCACUUACAGUAAUCCUUUGGUAGCAGUGAAAUUUCUCAACAUUACAAAGAAUGUAGAAGUCAAGAUAGUGUGCAAAAUCAUUGGAGCCGGGAUUACCUUUGAUAACAUUCAUGAUCCCUAUGAAGGCAAAGUGGAAUUUAAAUUGAAAAUAGAGGACUGAGCAGCGAGAGACACUUCUGAAAAGCAUAUAUGAAGAAUGACUUACCUGUUGUCACACUGACUGAUAUUUAUUUUCUCUGAUUGCCAUAUGAAUGUACUCAAAUUACAGUGAGAGUAGACAUUUUCUACCGAGAGGUAAUCCAUCUAACUAAAGACCAGUACAUCGCUCAGCGUGCAAAGGAGAUGGGAAUAAUCCCCAAUGUACACAGCCUAGUGUUCUGUGGCUACACUGUGCUUAAACCUCUAUGCAAAUCCUUGUACAAAACAUGUGUCUUCUAACCUAAGCAGGUGUGCUUUCCAAGAAAAGGAAGUAUGGGAUCAAAAUAUUGUUUUUCAUCAUUUUUCAAACUCUAAGAACAAUCUAAUAAAUAAUUGAUGUAUAAUACUGAAUACUGGAUAUUGUAGAAGCAACAGCUAGAAAAAUAAGUAGCUUGAAAUACUCUGAGAAAUACCCUUCUCAAUCUGCCUUGUACAGGAUAUUUAAAUUGUAAAGAGACAGCAAAAUUACCUGCAUGCCAAUGCGUUGUUUUGUGUAUCAGCCAGCCAAGUCUGACUUCAGAUGACAAAUCAGUAACUGCAAGAGAAGAACUUUAAAGGGGCCUAUAGCUUUUCUAAUGCCUAGCACCUGUGAUUUCUUUCUAACAAUAAAAACCC